GGAGCACAGAUGGCUGCUCUGACUAUUCAAAGAACCGACAACUUUUUGCACACAUUUUUACAGGACAGGACACCCAGCUCCUCUCCUGAAGGAGCACCCAACGCCCUGUCAUUCCUGGCCACCACGUGCAGCCAGGCCUGGCAGGUGGGGGGCACCAUGGGUUCAGAGGGGUCUCAGUUCCCGUACGAGGGCACGGUCAGCUCCACCUCAGGGAUGUUCCAGCUCUGGAGCAAUGACAUGGCUCCUGCCUCUGCCCUCGGGACACACUUCACUGUUCCUAAGGUGCAGUUCCCCGGACACAUGCAAACCAGCCUGGCUCACCACCACCACCCACACCACCAUCACCAUGAACUGCCCCUCACGCCUCCAGCGGAGCCCUCGUCCUAUUCCUUUGAGCUGUCCCCAGUCAAGAGCAAUGCCUCCUACUAUUCUCAGCACAACGCUGUGUCCCAGAACUUCUCCAGCUUCCUGCAGAACUCCUCUGGUCGCCAUCAUCUGCCUGGGGGACAUGUAGAGGAAGGUCAACAGUGGUGGAGUCUGCCCCAAACAAACACCUCUGCCUCCAACCACCCCUUCACUCUGAGCAGGCAGCUGGUCCUGGGACACCAGCCUCAGAUCGCAGCUUUGCUGCAGGGCACGUCCAAAGGUUUACUGAGCUCCACUCGCCGCUGCCGGAGGUGUAAGUGCCCAAACUGCCAGACUAACAGCGGGGGCAUGGAGUUUGGGAAGAAGAGACUGCACAUCUGUCAUAUCCCUGAGUGUGGUAAAGUGUACAAGAAGACGUCCCAUUUAAAGGCACACCUACGCUGGCAUGCUGGAGAGAGACCCUUCAUCUGUAACUGGCUGUUCUGUGGGAAGAGCUUCACUCGUUCAGAUGAGCUGCAGCGCCACCUGCGCACACAUACUGGGGAGAAGCGCUUCGGCUGUCAACAGUGUGGAAAGAGGUUCAUGAGGAGCGACCACCUAUCCAAACACGUGAAGACCCACCAGAGCAGGAAGAGCCGCUCCGGACCCCCAUCUCAGAGUACAGACUCGCUCAUAAGCAACAUCAAGAGAGAGUGAAAGUAUUUAUACUAUAGACUAUAACCCAGAGUUACUGCCAUCUGUUUGCACUGAACUUUUAUCCAAUCACUAUGACAGCACAAUAUCAGAGACUGGUCACAAAGUGUGUGCUGGACAUUUUAACACACUGGAACUUGAAUUCUAUAAUACUUGCAAGCACAUUUUGCAGCAACCACUUAAAUGAACCUGAUCUAUGCCUUUCAGAUUUGUUCCUAAAAUACUGAAACAUUUACACUGUUAAUGCUGUAAAUAUAUGAUCCUUGUGAAGGAUGUGGCAGCUGUUUAAAUAUUUGAUUAUGUAUAAAAUUGAGAACAAAUAUAUGCCUUAGUGUGGCCAAACGUUGCUGUAGUAGAAUAUUUUCUCCAUUGACAUAAGAAGACACAGGGGCUGCUCUUUCAGAUUUUAUUUUGCCUAAAAAGACCCAGAGUGUCUUUGAAGAUAGAGAUUUAUUUGAGAUGCUAGUCUUUGAUGUACAGAUAUCUGAGCCGCUCAGCAGCAAUGUGAAGCUCCAUUUGUCCAGUUGUAGGAUUCUUUGUGUAAAUUAUGUACAAAUGUCUUUAACAGUUUAAAUGGCCAGCAUGUACAUUUUAAUAAACAUUAUACAUG